UUCUUAGCAGCCUGGACAGGGGAUUUAUCACUGUGUGGCUAAACUGAACUUGAAAUCAUUUUACUCUUGUUUCUUCUCUUGGUUCCAGUUUAAUAUAAAGCAAUUCCAGCUUAACACUUAAGCUAGAAGGGGGGAAAAUACUAUUUCUCUUCUAACGGUUUGAAUUGGUGCACUGCUUUCUGUUUGGAAAUGUUUUUCCCCCCCACGAUCACGUGACCAGCCGCAGGAGAGCUCGAUAGAAAGACAAUUCCAACCGGUGUCAAACUCUACUACCAGCAGGAUUGCAAUUUCUUGGUCCGCAAGGAGCUUUUUGAGAAAUGCAUGCAUUUUCCAGUUUGGUGUUCCGUAGCAAAGGCUUUGAUAACUGUGCAUGACCUCAAGGGUGCAUCUGCAGUUUUAAACAUUUAGGCUGGCUUGAAGGACGGAGCUCCCCUUUGUCAAGCAGUGGAAAUGCGCUUGUUAUAGUCCGAGAACAGCUGGAAGAGGAGCAAGUGUAGUGGAGUUCCAGUGGUCUACAUUUGAGAGGUGUAAGUUUCAGGUCUCAGUGACUCCUCUGAGGUUUUCUUGUCUAGACAGUGCCGUUCUUGGCAUUAUAUUUGAAUGGCUGUAAAUUUGAACACAUUCAUUUUAUUGAACUAAAAUAUUGCCCAGACAGGUUGUAUCACUUGCACCAGAGAUAUGGUGGCGAUUUAACUUUUGCCUGAGGUGAACCUGUUUUUUUUAAUGUAUUUGGAGGAGUGCUUAUUAUUUUCUAGCCCACCUUUCUUUCUCGUGGCAUGUGGUGCCAGUGAACAUUUGUCAGAAAUUGACAACUGACAAGCACGGUUUUGUUUGUUUUGCCUUGCUUUGUAAAACGGUUCGUUACUCAACGGUACGCACGUGCAGUUGGAGUUGCAUCCCCCCCCAACGUUUGCGGGUUUCAAUUUUGCCUUUUCAACUCAACCACUGCUAGCCCAAAGCCAGUCUGUGAAGAAGCCAAGCCCCCCACCCCUGACAUUAUCCUGAGGCGGGACAAUGACUUUCUGAAGCACCAGGAGGAGAAGGCCUGGGACUCGGAGGAGGAGGAGGAGGAGGAGCAGCGGAAGGUCCCAGAUGUGGAGAAGGAUGACCUGGCCUCCAGGAGAGCCCGCAUGAACCAGUUCAAGCCCAAAGUCCAGCCCAACCAGUUUCUGCCACAGCUGUGCUCCGAGAAGGACAAGGAGAAAUGGGAAGGGAUCAAAAGAGCCUGCCAGCAAGUCCAGCUGGACCGACAGCAGCAAAGGGCAGCCAGUGAGAUCGAGGCCCGGGCUCCUGAGGCAGGGGACGACCUGUCACGGAGAGAAAACGCUCUCCUCCCGCCGCAGCACAGGGACUCGGAGGGAGAGGCAGGGAGUCCAGCCACAUCGCCCCAUGUCCAGAGAGAUGACCUGGCCAAGCGGAGAGCCCAGAGGGGCCCGGUGCCACACAAAGAGCCCCAGGCCUUUGUCAAGGCCUCCAUUACCCAGUCUGACCUGGAGAAAUGGCAGAGGCUCACACUGUGCACAGACACCAGUGAGAGCGAAGCCCAGGUUCUAGAGAGGGAGAACCCCUGCCUCCAGCUGCAGCAGAUAGACCCAGCUGGAGGCCCGGCACCAGUACCUAGUGCCCAGAGAGAUGACCUGGCCAAGCGGAGGGUCCUGAGGGGCCCAGUGCCACAUAGAGAGCCCCAGGCCUCCAUUGUCAAGGCCUCCAUUACGCAGUCUGACCUGGAGAAGUGGCAGAAGCUCACACUGUGCACAGACACCAGCGAGGAAGCUGUCAAACCAGUUUGCCAGGCUUGUCUUGACAAGGCCCUCCCUACCGUCCAGGCCCAGAGGGCCGCGCUGGAUGACCUGGCUGCGCGCCGGGCCAGAGCAAACAGAAAGGCUAGCGCCAGCCAGCCGCGCUUUGUGCGUUUUGGCCCGGUGACAGAGAUAGAUCAGGAACGCUGGGAGCGGCUCUGCAUCGCCAAGGCGGGCGAUGAUGAGGACGAGCCGGGGGUGAGGAGCGAGUCGGAAAUGCUGCGUCGGCUACUGUCAUCUGCCGCCGUGGCAACCCCCUCCAUUGGACUUGGCUUUCCAGGAGAUGACAGCAACUCCGCAAAGUCAGGCGCCCCUGACCCAGGGUCCGAGCGCGCUGCAGGGGUGGGACCUGUGGAACCUGCCUGUGAAGAAGAAGAAGAAGCAGCAGCAGCAGCGGCAGCAGCAGAAGAGAGGGACAGGCAGCCCAACCCUGAGAAAGACGACAUGAUGGCGCGGAGAACAGGGGUCUUUCAGAAGACCGGCAGCCCGGCGUCCUUUAACAAGUUCCUGCCCCUGCCGGGCUCCCUGCUGCACAAAAAGGACAGCCCGUCCGAGCCUGUAAGAGGGAGCAAUGAGCAGAGCAGUAGCUCCGGCCCGUCGUGUUCAGCGGAACUCUGCCGCCAGCCGCCAGCCGCCAGCGGGGCAUGCGCCGUUCCCAAGGAGAGCCCCGAAGCUCCCUGGAAGGCCCCCCAGGGAAGUGAGGAGGAGUUGGGAAAAGACAGCUGUUCGGACCCAGGGAAAGAAAACCCAACCGAGCCUUCUCCUGGCUCCCCCAAACAAGCAGCCCUGAUGCCAGAUCACUUCGCCCCUGUCCCUGCCUCUCCCCAGGCAAGGGCUCUGAAGGCUGACGCCGAUGAAGGCAAACCAAGCAGAAGGCCGUCUUGGUUAGACGAUGACCUGCCGCCAAUAUACAGCCACAGAGCUAGUGUGUCUGAUGAUGGAGAGAGCGUGAGCAUGAUCGACAUGAGGUGCGAGGAGGAGGCCAUCCUACAGCCACACAGCAAGGCCCGCCACGAGCUCCUGCACAACCUGCACAACAAGCUGAAGGAGGAGGAGGACCAGUGGCAGGAUGACCUGGCACGCUGGAAGAGCCGACGGAGGAGUGCCUCUCAGGACCUGAUUAAGAAGGAGGAGGAGAGGAAGAUGAUGGAGAGGCUGAUGAGUGGGGAAGGCGGGCUAUCGGAGAGGAGGAAGAGCAUCAAGACCUACAGAGAAAUUGUGGAGGAGAAGGAGCGCAGGGAGAAGGAGCUCCACGCGGCCUACAGGAGCGCCAGGACCCCCGAGGAGGCGGAGGCCGUGCUGCAGCGCUACACCCAGCGCUUCACCAUCAGCGAGGCCGUCCUGGAGCGCCUGCAGCUGCCGCGGUGCCUGGAGAGGAGUGUGUCUGUGGACCCCAGCGCUGGCUCCUCCUCCUCCAGCUCCAGCGCCAUGAAGUACCUGCGGCAGCAGUCCCUCCCGGCCCCCAAGUUCACUGCCACCGUGGAGGCCUCCGUCUCGGGCGUGCCGAGCCAGCGCCGGGCCAGCUCCCCGCAGACCUCCCCCACCCGCGCGGUGACCUUCAAGACCGUACCCCUGCUGACCCCCAAGCCUUACUCCCAGCCCAGGAACUCGCAGUCCGGCCUGAAGUCACUCAAGCUGGACAGCUUGGUGCGGGUGAACGGAGAGACGGGCGAAGUGUUCAACAGAGCCGAAGACGAGAGGGACAGCUCACCAACAAAGAGUCUCUCGUCCCCCACCUCUCCGCUGGUUUUUGAGAGCACCACCAGGCUAAACCCAUCCCCUGCGAUGUCCCGGGAGAGCCCCAAGCCAGAGACGGCGGCAGCCAUGCCUCAGGGCAGCGUGAACGAGGGCCCCGUCCAGCCCACCCCCCUCGCCCAGACAGAAUCCCACUCUCCGGUCGCAGAUCCCAGGAUCUGCUCUCCACUCAAGACACAGGAGAGCAGUGCAGCGCAGAGCAGGCGGGCUGAGACACCGGACGACUCCACUCCAACAAGACCGACUUCUCUUCCUGAGGAGCUUCAGAAAGAAAGUGCUGCAUUUGAAGAGGCAGGUUUUAUCCCAGCUCCUUCUCAGGAGGAACUGAAGGCCGGGGUUGCUGGGGAGACGCCACAGAAAGAAGAUCAGUGUGUUGAGAAGACAAGCACCUAUGUGAACUCUGUAGCGAUUGAGCAGAACUCCAUUUGUAAGACUAGUCCCACUGAAGAAGGCAAACCAGAGCGGCCCGCAAGACAGAGUUACCAGACCACAGUAGUGUUGAAUGCAGUGCAGCUUGAUCAAUCACCCAAUGACAAACCCCAGCAAAGCCGCGAGGAAUUGGUCACACCUAAGAGGACAGAGAUGCCUUGCCCCAACAUUCCGUCUUCCUGUGGGCCUGUGAAGCACCAGGAGGCUGGCAGUGCCAGGGUCCCGCCCAGGGUUGUGAACUCCUGGAUGCGUUGGGAGUUCUUCACCCAGCCAGAAGACAUGGAGGAUGAAAGCUCAGAUAUCCCAGCCCCUCUGUUAAAUCCGCCCAAGCACACCGACUGCUGGUCGUGGGACCCUGAGGAGGAGCGCAAGCGUCAGGAAAAAUGGCAGCGAGACCAGGAGCGCGUGCUUCAGGAGAAGUAUCAGCGUGAGCAGGAGAAGCUGAAGCAGGAGUGGGAGAAGGCCCAGAGAGAAGUGGAGGAGGAGGGGCGCAAAUACCACGAGGAGGAACUAAAGAUUCUGGAGGAGACGGUGGCCCCUUUGACCCCCCAGUUGUCCACCCUGUCACCCCCCGGCUGUAGCGACCAGCCCCUCCAGCUGCUGGACCCCGAAGGGACCGCCGUGAGGUCGCUGGCCAACUGGGAGCGCAAGCAGGAGCUCCUGGAAGUCGGGAAGCCAGCCAGCCCAUCGAGGGAAACCAUGUGGGAGCAGAAGGCCAAGGAAGAAGAGACUGAGAAGGGUGAAAAACAAAGGGACAGUGGGCACCAGAAUAACGUCGGGAAAGAACAGAAGCCCGAGGCUCCUGCGACAAAGCCAGAAAGUUCACACUCCCAAAGCACCAGCACAGAAACAAUCGGCAAGCCGAGUCAGGAAAACAGCCAAAGACUUUAUCCAGAUUCCAGUCAGUCUGCGGUGUCUGAGCUGCAGUUCACUCAGGAAGCUUCAUGGAGCAGUAAGCAGACGUUAACCAAACAGCCAGAGGACACGUGGAAGAAGACUGCAUCCUUGGACCGGAACUGGAACCAGCAGACAAUGACAGGAGGCGUGAAAAGGUCUGGAUCCUUUGAAAAUUUAGGAUUAAAUCCAUCUAAGUCAUCCUCAUGCUCAUCCAGCCCUCAGCCCCAAUCACCUAACAGGUCUGUCAGCGGGAAGAAGCUGUGCUCCAGCUGUGGACACCCUCUUGGCAAAGGUGCUGCCAUGAUCAUUGAAACCCUCAGCCUCUACUUCCACAUCCAGUGUUUCAAGUGUGGCAUCUGCAAGGGGCAGCUGGGAGACACAACCACAGGAACGGACGUGCGGAUCCGUAAUGGACUCCUGAACUGCAACGAGUGCUACAUCCGAUCCCGCACAGCUGGGCAGCCAACAACUUUGUGAUGCACCUAACAAUCCCAAAUUGCGAUAUCGGUUAAAGAAUGCUUCAUUGGUCGACACCUGCUUGUCCAGACUGUGUCCAGUAACAGGACGCCUUGCGAGGAGUGUCCUCUGUGAAGAACCUCAUCGUAUCAUCUGGACAUUCAGUUUCACACGGGGGAUAAAAGGCUUCAAAACAGAGCUUCCAGUGAAAAGAUGUUUGGUUUUCCCUCUACCCAUCCAACGAUAAAUUAGCUGGCUGUUCAUUUUACAUUUCUCUUCUGCUGAUUCCCCACUGAACAACACUUUUUCACAACAGUUUUUUUUUAAAGAAAUGCCCGUUUCUAGAGUCGGCCUUCAUGGUUUUUGCUGUAUAUAUGCCGGAACCCACCAAUGCAAUAACUACGUAACUCCACCAAACAUCCGUAAAUAUAUGUGCAGUUUUAAAAGACUGAUCAUUCUUAAUCGUGAUAAACUGACUAAAAAAUGGAGCAAAAAAAAAAAGAAGAAAUUGGUUAACAAGUAACGUGACUGGGAGAGCACUUUCACUGGCAUUUUAAUCCCGAUUUGCAUAUCCUGGAGUGAAGCGAUAUGAUUUACAGAAGCAAUCAAGAUGUUUUGUGUCCACUGACUGUUCAGCCUAAUUACUGCACCUUAACUUAAAGCUCUUGGCAUGGGUGGUCUCUUCCAUUCUGGAGACCAGGCGGUGUGAUCCUCACAGCUUGACUCCAGCAAACCUGAAGCAUCCUGUUGGAUCCAUAGGACUGAGACUUAAAACUAAUAGUGGCUAAAGUGACUGACAUUUCAGUAUUUCAGUAUAUGACUGGAACAUACUAACCAGAGCAAGGGUAAGCAAGUAAUACAAUUAGGCUUUUUCAGACAGAUGGAGUGAAGAAAAUGUCUUUUGAACCCCUACCCACUGAUCAAGCAUUUAACAAGAAAAGCAAACAAACUAUUUGAGGGAAGGGGGUUUGUGUCGAUAUAACCAUGCAAUGCCUUAAUUCUCCUCUUUUACUGCAGCCGCAGUCCUGCGUUUUACUUCAUGAAAUUAAGCAGUUUUGAUUUAGCGCGCAACUGUGGCAUUUACCAUUUCCAGAACCUGAGAACGUGAGGAAUCAUGUGACACUUCCCCCCCCAAUAUCAGAACCCAGUUAAUCUCUUUUUCUGGAAUAAGUUUGCUUGUGAACCUGGUUUGUUAUUAGUAAUCUGCCUUAAAAGCGUUUUGCAAAGGCAGCUCACACAUGGUUUGGGUUAAUAUUUAGAACAGACAGUUAUUCCUCCACAGUUGUUUUUCUGUGUCAAACCUAGCUGAAAGGCUUGUUUUUGUUUUCUGUGUUCAGACAAUAGAUUAUAACUAAGUUAGCCGUAUUUGAUCUAAGCCUUAGGGGCUGCGCAUGUUAGCUGGUGGCUUCUGCAGAAAUAAUCCUGUAUAGGUUUUUGUAUGUUGAUCCAAAACUGGUUUAUUUUUCUUUUCGGUUAGAAACUCAUGCAUACUUGAUCUUGAUGUCAUUGCAUUGAACCUGUGCCUUAGAAACAAGUGGUUGCACGUUGUCAAAUGGUUGAGUCUCUCAGGUGAUUCCAAAGAUGUCAUCCUCUUAGCACCCGAGAACUAAAGGCUUCUCUCUUGAAGCAUAAGGGCCUAGAAGGAGUUGUGUUUUCUGGAAGGCUUCAGAUGGAUUGGGAGGAUUUUGCUGAAGGAAAGGUUCACUCUUGUAUUUUUGUACGGAUAGUUUUUGCUUUCCUUUUACAACUUCAGCGUUUUUCUUCCCAGCACAGAGCCUUCAGAGCCGACCCGCAGUGGGUAUUUUCAGACGGAAGUGUUUGUAUCUAUACGCUUAAAAGGUCUUUUGUACCACUUUGUCACAUGGAAAAGAUAUGUACAAUUAAGAGUGCGUCCUAUGUUCGCCCUGUAGCCUUUUUUUUUUAAACCGCAAGAUGCUUCCUGCUGUUGUCCUUAAGUGGGUGAGUGUGCAUAUAUGUUAUUAAAUCAGAAGCACAGCUUCACCAGCAUAAAACCUCCUAGUCCAUAAACUGUUUAGUUCCCCAGACGGAACACAGUUUAGCACUUUGGUGCUCACAGCUGCCAAUUUAUUCCACCCUCUCCCUGCGCCAGCUCUUUUUGACAUGGCUCAGGUGAGGCUGCUUUUCUAAGCUAUGCCCGUUCUCCAGAAAUAUGAUAUUGGCAGUUGUCUUCGAAUUUAGCCCUAAAUUGACGCAGCUUGCAGUUACGACACAUUCAGUUUAUUUAGCUAUACACAGUUUGUUUUGACAAAUAUGCAGUAUUCCUAAACUACAGUACCGGUCUGUGUAUCGUUAUGUUUGCUUAGGUCGAACACAGGUGUGAGUUGAGUGUGUGGGAGGGGCCUGCUGACAUACAACACGGUGAAAUGUCUUUGGGUGGGGUGUGACCGAGGAAGUGAAAAAUGAAACGGAAUGAUACUUGUGUUUAAGUUCUAUAUUUAUUGUGAUAUUCCUCUGAGAGAAAAAAAAAGAACAUUAAUAGAUUGAAGAAAUGUUUAAAUGCAGUGGCUUUUAUAGCAAAUGUAUGUUUAUAAAUAAAAUGUUUAAAAUUG